UCGUUUGAUGACGUUGUGUGUACAGAACGUAACAUUUACGAAAAGGUACACAGCAGCAUCAGUUAACGGGGGGUUCUUCUGCCUUAUAUUAGAGUUAACACACUACGUUUUAAUACGCAUUCCUUUUUAUUUUAAGCUUGGGAAUCGACAGUUUAGGAUCAAGAUGUCGUACAUGCUACCACAUCUCCAUAAUGGCUGGCAGGUUGACCAAGCCAUCCUGUCUGAGGAGGACCGAGUCCUCGUGAUCCGCUUUGGACACGACUGGGACCCAACAUGUAUGAAAAUGGACGAAGUCCUCUACAGCAUCGCUGAAAAGGUGAAGAAUUUUGCAGUCAUUUACCUGGUGGACAUCACAGAAGUGCCUGACUUCAACAAGAUGUACGAGUUGUACGACCCGUGCACCGUCAUGUUCUUUUUCAGGAACAAGCACAUCAUGAUUGAUUUGGGCACCGGCAACAACAACAAGAUAAACUGGACAAUGGAGGACAAGCAGGAGAUGAUUGACAUUGUUGAAACCGUGUACCGUGGAGCAAGAAAGGGAAGAGGUCUGGUGGUGUCCCCAAAGGAUUAUUCUACAAAAUACAGAUAUUGAGUCUUAUUUAUUUUUUAAUCUACCUUUUUUGAGGGGUUGUUUUUUCCCCCCUGAUAUUUAGUGACACACGGACUACAAGUUACACAAGUCAAGGAAGAUCUUUUUCAACAUUUUUGUUUUUGCUAGUGAAACAGGACAAUAUUCUUACCAGUGGUAAUGACCACUGUCAAUGUGUUGCAUUGUGCCAUUUGUGUUUUUUGUGCGCAGAUGGACGUGUUUUUCAGCUUCUUCAACAACAAUGUGUAUUGUAACAAUUUUUUUUUUUUUUUAACUCAAUUGGGAAACGGUGCUUAAGAAACACAGUGUAAUAAAAGUCCUCAUAUUUGAAUGUUGUAAUAAACAUGGAUGGAUAUUUACAUUUGAAA